AAGUCUCCUGCUGCAGGUGUCCCGUGCUCCUGUUCCAGUUCCUGUUCCUGGCAUUCCUUCCAGCUCCUCGGACUAAUGGCUUGCUAUACGUACCUCGCCGCCCUGGUGCUCCUGGUCAUUUGCUGCCAAUGGGGAUCCUGUGCCGCCCUGGCCAUGCCGGAUGAGGAGCGCUAUGUGCGCAAGGAGUACAACCGGGACCUACUGGACUGGUUCAACAACGUGGGCGUGGGCGUGGGCCAGUUCACUCCCGGCCAAGUGGCCACCCUCUGUCGCUAUCCGCUGAUCGUCGAGAACUCCUUGGGCCCAUCCAUGCCCAUCAGGAAGCGUAACUCCGAGCUGAUCAACUCCUUGUUGAGUCUGCCCAAGAACAUGAACGAUGCGGGCAAGUAAGCCCAGAAAAUGUUGACGGAACCUGGACAAGAACUUAUUAUUUGAUGUUGUACUUUGAGUUUUUGGUGCGUCGAAGGAAAAUGAAAGUCCGCAGAUAAAAGCUGGUAUAGCCAUCUAAUAGAGAGUAAAAACCCUAAACUUUUGUUGCUUUAAAUCUAUAUAGAAAAAUAUACAGUAGCCUAUUGUAGAAAUGUAUAUUAUUAGGCUUCUUGCUGAAAUAAACGUUUCCUCGAA